GACACGUCCUAGAUGUGCCUCUUCACCUGCACCAUUCAAGAUGCAGAUACUGUGCAGCCUUUUCUUGGCCCUGAUGAUACUGAGCAGUGUGGAUGGAUGUGACUUUGCUGAGCCCAUCUGCGGGGCUGAAGCCCCCGGGGACGUUAUAAUAGGUAUGAUGCUGCCUUCUCAUCGAAAAGUGACCGGUCUCCAAGAACGGAUUAGACCUGAAAGCUUCCACUGCUCAGACUUUGAUCUGCAGUCAUUUAUGAGAUCCUUGGCUGCAAUCCAUGAAAUUGAGAAGAUAAAUGCAGCUGGCUUCCUCCCAGGAGUGCAUCUUGGAUAUUUGUUGUGUGACACAUGCUCCUCUGCAAGCAAGGCAUUACAGAAUGUGGGACCCAUGCUCGCAGUCAACAGCUCUCUAGAUGUGGAAUGCGACUACACCGACUACAGGCCCAGAGUCAAGAUUAUUUUGGGAGCUGUAUACUCUGAGGUGACCAUUGCUGUGGCCAGACUGCUCAAUGUGUACAUGGUCCCUCUACUGAGCAGCACAUCAUCCUCACCAGAGCUGAGUGAUAAGACACGCUACCCAGUUUUUAUGCGCACUGUUCCUAGUGAUAAGCAUCAGACCGAAGCAUUGGCCAAAAUUAUGCAUUACUAUCGCUGGAACUGGGUUGGGGUUGUGUAUGGUGACGACGAAUAUGGCAGAGCAGCUUUCCAGAGCUUCCUUGGGGCUGCUGAGGAAAAUAGUGUAUGUUUGGCCUUCCAAGAGAUGCUGCCUCAUUACCUCGAUCAUUCAGAAAGCAAUCAACGUAUGAAGCAAGUUGCCCAGCAGAUCCGCUCCUCCACUGCCCACGUGGUACUGCUGAUCAUUAGGGAAGAGCUGGUGAAGGCCCUCUUUAAGGAAAUGAUCAGUACCAACACAUCAAGGAUCUGGAUUGCCAGUGAUGCCUGGUCCAGGAGCAUGUCCCUUGCCCACAUGGUUGGCAUCAACAAGGUUGGGGACAUCUUGGGCUUUACUUUUGUUUCACACAAGAGUGAAUCAUUUGAUAAUUAUCUCAAGAAUCUCACAGCAACCCCAGGAGGGUAUAACCUCUUCAUUGAAAAAUACAAGAACCUGAGAUUCAACUGUACCCCAGAAUGUUUUUCAAACAAGCCUCCAUCCUAUUGUCCCCCACCUGAUCUCCUGGAAAUGAAAUCUGGCAAUGCAUGUAAUUUCAUGGAUCCCCAAGAGCAAACUGAUGACUAUCUUGUAAAGGCUGUGGAUACCAGUGAAGCCUUCCUUCACAAAGUAGCUGUGCAGGCUGUAGCACAUGCUCUCAAAAAGUUACUAAAGUGCAACAGUUCUUCAUGCUCGGGAGAAACUGACUUCCAACCAUGGAAGCUUCUUCAAGAACUGAAGAAUGUUAACUUUGAGUAUGACAACCACAAUUUCUACUUUGAUGAAUAUGGUGAUUUUGUAAAUUUUUAUGAUUUGAUCACAUGGGAAAAAGAUGGAGACCACAGAAGCUUUCUCAGGAUUGGGAAUUAUAGUGUCCUUAAAAAAGAAAUUAAACUCAAUAUUAAAAAUUUCACCUGGCUUUCAACAGGCAAUACCACGAUCCCUCAGUGUAGAUGCUCAGCGCCCUGCGCCCCUGGCUGGGUAAAGAAGAUCUUGAAUGUAUCCUGCUGUUACAACUGCACCCUGUGUGCAGAAGGGACCUAUUCAGAUGACUAUGAUCUCCAUAUCUGCAAAAAGUGUCCGAAUGGAACCUGGUCUCUCAAGGGUUGGACUCAGUGCAAGCCAAGAUUGGAGUCCUACAUGCGAUGGAGCGAUCCUCAUCCCAUCGCCAUAAUGGCUGCUGCAGGCUUUGGCAACUUGCUCUUGAUAGUUAUCUUCAUUAUCUUUUUGGUGUACAGAAAGUCCUCACCCAUGAAAAGAGCGGAGGUGAGAUUGUCCUGUGUGAUGAUGGCUGGUCUGUCAGUGAGCUUCGCAAGUGUGAUAUGUUUCAUGGGCAAGCCCAAUGUACAUCUCUGCCGGGCCCGCCAGGUAAUGUAUGCCAUGGGCUUCACCCUGUGUGUCUCCUGCAUCAUAGUCAAGGCCUUUCGUACCAUUCUGGCUUUCCUUCCGUUUGGUCAGCUGACGAACCAAGGACUACACAAACUUUACCGACCACCUGUAAUUGUCAUCGUCAUAACCUCUCUCCAGGGGAUCAUCUGUCUUCUCUGGCUGAUCUUUGAUUCUCCUGGUAUUGAUGACACACCUCCAUCCCCACAAAGCAUGACGAAACUAAUACAGUGUAGUGAAGGUGCCACAUACAUAGGUUUUGGCAUUAUGCUGAGCUACAUAGCUCUCCUAGCAUUUGUUGGCUUCCUGCUGGCCGUCAAAGGCAGGAAGGUUCCUCAGGAGUUUAGCGAAACAGGCUACAUCAUUUUUAGCAUGCUGAUGUACUUGUUUGUAUGGGUAUGUUUUGUCCCAGUCUAUAUCACCAACAGUGAACAAGGCACUGCUGUGCAGGCUUCAGCCAUUCUAGUGUCUAGCUAUGGCAUCAUCUUCUGCCAUUUCUUACCCAAGUGCUACGAAGCACUUUGGGGGUCAACCACAGAUACACUGGAGAAGAUUCUGAGGAGAUGGCAAGUCUUCUCCAGCCCAAAUGUCGAUUUGGAGACAGAUAUAGAUAUCUGUGGAAAUGCUACACACCCAAAAAAGAAUGAGAGGUUUUUCAUAUCAAGUACAACAACUACACUAGGCGAGGACAGCCCCGUUUCGGUGCCGGUUGACAUGCCUAUAUCCAAGCCUAUUCAUGCCUACCAUCUGCCUGAUAGGUUAGGAACAAAACUAAUACAGAGAUGUAGGAGUGUGUCCUACUAAAACUGGUUCCAGGAAAAUCUGAUAUGUACUGCACUGACAUUUUUUUUUAUACCUUUUCCCUUUUUUAGAGCCAAUGUUUUUUUUAAGAUUGUUUAUACUGUAAAUCCAUGUAAAGUUGAAAUUUGUUUUCUGCUGAAAACUGUUGUAUUCUUUAUUGUACAGAGAACCAAAUAUGACUCAUUUAUAUUGUAUACAACUACAAGAGAUAUUAUAGUCAGACAUAAAGCAUGUGCACCAUUUUUCCUUCAUUACAACCCAUAAGUCAGCUGUUUAACAGAUCAACAAUGUAAUUACUGUAGGUGAGCUGUAUAACUUGUUGCUUCCUAGCUGGCCACAAACAUGGAGAAAAAAACAACAUCUGCAGAACAUCAUAAUGUCCACACAACAUAAAACUCUAACGUCAUUAAACAUUUAAGUAUCGUGAACCUAAUUUUCAUUCCAACAAACAUUUAACAUCUGUUCAACAUAAGAGUCUAAAGUCUAUUUGACAUCACAUCGACAUCUAGUGCCAACUGGGUUAACAUGGUCUUCUUUGUGGCAAGGUGAUGUGAAUUUGCUAAGAAUCUCAAAAGCGUGCACUCUUUGUGGCUAGGCCACAUAGAAUGAUACAAGCUGAGUGGAUGUUCAGAUCUAAAACAACCAUGUGUUAAAACAAUGCACAUUGGUCGGGGAGUAUUACUUAACGUACUGGUGAGACAAAUACACGCAGGAAGUCCAGUUAGAGUAACAGAUUAAUGCAUUUAAAGGAUUUUAGAGGCCCUUUGGUAAGCUGUUUUAACCAGUGCUGUAGUGGUAGUUGAUAAGGUGGGUGUACCACCAGGUAGAUGGGUAGGUUUGCAUUUAAUUUGCAUUUCAGAUAUCUACAGUUCAGUUGUUAGUAGUCAUAAUUUUAAUUUCAGAUAUCCAGAAUGAAAAACCAUUCCAGAUAUCCAUAAUGUCAUUUUGAACAUCCAAAAUACAUUUUAACAAGUAAACAUGUCAUUAUCCAUAUCCAGAAUUGGCAUUCCGACUAUAAAUUGCAGAUUUCCAAAAAUGUAUUGUGGUUAUCUGCUAAAUUAACAUUAUGGAUAUCUGGAAAGGUUUUCACUUUGGAUAUCUGAGAUUACAUUUAUAACUAGUAACAAUAUGGGAAGCCAUUUUAACAUUUGAUUUGUAGCAGUGACAGGAAUUGUACAUAUUACCAGUUGCUUUUUGACUAGUUAGAAUUCCAAGCCAACAUAUCCAUAAUGUAAUUUUGACUAGUAAGAAUUGAACUUUAGAUAUUUAGAUUUCCAUUUUUGUUAUCUGUAAUGUAAGAACAAUUGAAGAUAUUUAUAAUGAACAUUGCCACUAAUAACAAUUCAAUUGUUGGUAACAGUGUAUAUUUCCACUACAGAGAAUUUAAUUGUUGAAAUAAAGAAUUCACAUUUUGACUAGUGAAUACUGAGUUGUAGCAUUUAUUUGCAACUCAUCAAAAUUUCAAAAUGGAUAUGUUAACAUGUAAUUAUAACCCAUCAAAAUUAAAUUUUAGGUAUCUGAGACUAAUAACGCAUGGACCUAUAUUCAAAAAACCCUGCUCCACAUUGCUGCUAGGGGUCAGAAACCCUACAGCCAAUCUUUAACAGACACCAAAGACUGCACAACAGUUUGUAAUUCAAAGACACUUGUUCAUGUCGCAAAGUAAUUCCACCAGGAAUGUGGGCUUGCAUGUAUGUGACUAGCCAACUCAACAUUUUGGCAGCACUGACUCAUAAAAGUAGGAAGGGUGUCAUCUAAAUGACAAAACUAGAAUUACUUCCUUGUGGUUGUAUGCCUCCACCAACCAGUCAAGUUUCAGUUUACAGUCACAUCUGUCCAGACCAGGGGUAGGCAACCUGUGGCUCCGGAGCCACAUGUGGCUCUUUAGCCCCUGUCCAAAAAAGUAAAUUGAAUAAAAUAGAGAAUGUAGUAGUGCGUGGACAGAUUUGUUUGCUCUCACUGCCAGCUCUGCAAAAUUUAAGUACCAGAUAAUUAUUAAUAGUGCCCUGCACUGUGUCCACCUUGUGGUAAAACAUAUUAACAAAUGCUUAUUUAGACCAUAAGUAUAUGCUAAUUUAGACUUAAUAGGCUAUUUACCUUGAUUAUAAGGCUCAAACAUGUUUUGUGGCUCCAUGCAGAUUUUUUCAAAUUAUUUUUGGUCAAAAAUGGCUCUUUUAAUGGCAAAGGUUGCAGACCCUUGGUCCAGACUCAUAAAGAGAAAAGGAAGGAAGGAAUUAAAUAAAAUGUUUUAAGUGAAAUUUUGGUGAAAUGGAAAUCACUGUAUUGCCAUGUAUGAUUCCAGUGAAUGAUUUCCAGUCAGAAACAUGCUGUCUUCACUAAAGGAUAUUUUUACACAGAAGACUGAGAGAGAGCAUCAUCACAUGGUGAUUUGACUAAUCUGAAAAGCCCUUUGGUUGCCUUUGGGUAUGAAAUGUGCUACAUUAAUACAUUUGAUCUUGCCUUGCCUUGAAAUGACAGAGGAUGCCAUGUGCUGUACAGAUUGCAAAGCACCUUGAGGCAAUUUUUUGAUUUGUGAA